AAAGCAUUACGUGUCUGUUGGCCAACACGAGCGUCACUCGUCGCGAUGACCUCUUGAAACCGCAUCGUCAUUUACCGUUUAAGUGUGCAUUUGAUUUAGUUCGGUCAAUCUGUUCACAAUGAACGGAACUAUUUUCCUAUUCCUCACUGGGCUGAGCGUCUGUUGCGUCCAGAACGCAGCGACGCUACCUAGAGACAGCUCCGUGGUUGUGACGGAGGCGAUCACGCAGGCGGAUUUUGAGUUCCACAUAGACAAGGAACCAAAGGAAAUUGAGAGAUAUGGACUGAUCCAGCCGCAUAGAGUAAAAUGUGACUAUGAGGAGGCUACCGAGGACGCCAGCUGCCAGAACCACUGCUUACCAAAAGGCUACUCGUACGGCAUCUGCGUCAGUGGUACUUGCAGUUGUGUUUAGUGGUUUGAAAGUUAAAAUAUUUUUACAUGAAGAGUUUUUUUAAUAAAUAAUUUUGUUAUUU